UAUUCAAACACCGGGAAACUUGUGUCAAAGACCCAUGCUGCUGCAAAAUUUUCAUCACGAAUUCAUUGUAAAGGCAAAAUAACAAUAUGCCAAAGUCUCUGAAAAAGUCGUGCACCAGCCAGACCUCCAUUAGCAGGUACUUUGGUGGUCUGAGCAGCAGCAGCAGCAGCAGCAGCACUCAGUCUCGGAUUAAACACAGUCCUGCAGAGCAGCAGCUCUCAAGAGGCAAGCAGAAACUGUCCUCUAGUGAUGAUGGGCUGCCAACAAAACGAGCUAAACUUUGUGUAAAGGAUCAGCCCCUGGAGGAUCUGUGUGAACCUGCACCCUGUCAGACUAGUAAAGAGAAAAAGCUCACGUUGAGUAGAGAUGCAGGAAGCCUCUGCUCGUCCACCCUGGAAAAGCUGAAAGGCUUCACCUGCGGGGCUGAGCCCAGUGUCAGGCAUAGUGACACGUGGGAAGAAAGAAAAGGGGAAUUGUCUAGUGAAAUCUGUGAUAAGAAAAAAGGUAUUUUACCGUCAUGUCAGGUUCCAGAUCAACAUGAAAUUUCAAAUGCAAAGAAGCACGCAGAGGAAGAGUGUGAGGAUGGAGAAGAGGAUGUUUCAGAAGAGCUGAUGGCUGCAAAGCAGGGCUUUGACCUGUGUCAGUUUGCCAAGCCAGGAGGAGGAGUUAGAGGAGGAGGAAGAUCUGCAGGGAAGAAUCCCCCGUCAGACGCUAGUGCCCCCUCCAGACGCUCAAAGAGCACUUACACCCCACUGGAACAGCAGGUCAUGCAGCUGAAACAGCAGCAUAAAGACGCCUUAUUGGCUGUGGAGUGUGGCUAUAAGUACAGGUUCUUUGGAGAAGAUGCUGAGAUUGCUGCAAAGGAGCUGAAUAUUUACUGUCACCUGGAUCAUAACUUCAUGACGUGCAGCAUCCCCACACACCGUCUGUUUGUUCACGUCAGGCGGCUGGUGUCACAAGGACACAAGGUUGGCGUAGUUAAGCAGACGGAGACAUCCGCGAUCAAAGCCUCGGGAGCAAAUAAAAACGCUCUGUUCAGUCGUCAGCUCAGUGCUUUAUACACCAAGUCCACUCUCGUGGGAGAGGAUGUAAACCCAAUCUGCCGACUCCCGGGUGUGGAAGAGGGGGGCUGUGGUGACGUGGCUGUGGAGCCUCCUGACAGCUUCCUGCUGUGCAUCAGUGAGAGCUGGGACAAACCCAAGAAGCAGCUCACGCUGGGGCUGGUGGUAGUCCAGCCCAGCACUGGAGAUGUUCUUCUGGACUGUUUCCCCGAUGGUCCAUCUCGCUCUGAGCUCGAGAGCCGCGUUGUGAAGAUCAACCCCGUGGAGAUCCUGGUGCCCUCUGACCUGUCGGAACAAACCCAGAGACUCCUGACCAGCAUCACCAACGCCAGUGCUCAGGCAGAUGACAGAGUGAGAGUUGAGAAGAUGGACAGCACCCAGUUUGAGUUUGCCUCUGCAAUGAACACAGUCACCAAAUUCUACUGCCACGACGAGCAACAAGACUCUCGCUCUUUGUCGAGCGUGGCGUCCCUGGAGAGCCCAGUGAUCUCCUGUCUGGGCCCGCUCAUCCAGUACCUCCAAGAAUUCAGCUUAGAGAGGGUUCUGAGAAGUAAAAGCUCCUUUCGCCGCCUGUCCUGUGAGUCGGAGUGUAUGAUCCUAACUGCUGCAACCCUCAGGAACCUGGAAAUACUCAACAAUCAGACAGAUGGAAGUGUGAAGGGAAGUCUGUUGUGGGUGUUGGACCACACUCGCACUUCGUUUGGAAGGAGAUUGAUGAGGAAGUGGGUGAGCCAGCCCCUCACAGACCCUCAGUCUAUCUCUGAAAGACAGGAUGCUGUUCAAGAAAUCAUGGAGUCAGACUCUCUUCCGUUGAACUCUAUCAAAUCUCUGCUGUCACAUCUGCCAGAUCUGGAGAGAGGCAUCUGUAGCAUUUACCACCAAAAGUCUUCCACACAGGAGUUUUACAUCAUUAGCAGCAGUCUCUCUCGCCUGGGGCUGGAACUGCAGACUCUUCUCCCAGCUAUCCAGUCACAAAUCAGCUCGGCCCUGCUCCGGAGUCUCUUAUUAGCCACUCCUGACCUGCUGACUCCGGCCCACAGCUUCCUUAAAGUGCUCAACGAGAAGGCAGCCAAGUCGGGGAAUAAGACGGAACUCUUCUCGGAUCUGUCUGGCUUCCCGGUGCUGCAGGAGAGGACGGAGCAGAUACAGAGUGUCAUCACUGAGAUUCAAGAGCAUUGCAAAGAUGUUCGACGGCUGCUCAAGGCCCCUGGGCUGGACUACACAAGCGUCUCUGGACUGGAGUUUCUGAUUGAGGUGAAGAACUCGCAGUCCUCCAUCGUUCCACGUGACUGGGUCAAGAUCAGUGGUACGAAGGCAGUCGGCAGGUAUCACUCUCCUUUCCUGGUGAACCGCUACAAGAAGCUGCAGCAACUCCGAGAGCAGCUGCUGCUGGACUGCCAGAGGGAGUGGACUCAUUUUCUGGACCAGUUUGGGGAGCACUACCACACCAUGAAAAGGGCUAUUAGUCACCUAGCAACCGUGGACUGCCUCUUUUCAUUGGCGGAGGUUGCUAAACAAGGAGACUAUUGCAGACCAGAGGUUUGUGAAAAUCAGCGCCGGAUUACGGUCAGAGAUGGUCGACAUCCUGCCAUAGAUUUACUGAUGGGGGAGCACAACCAGUAUGUUCCCAACCACACUGACCUACAGGGCGAUGGCAGGAGAACUAUGAUAAUUACCGGGCCCAACAUGGGGGGAAAGAGCUCCUACAUCCGCCAGGUUGCCCUGAUCUGUAUCAUGGCCCAGAUGGGCUCCUACGUCCCGGCCUCCGCGGCCCGUCUGGGCAUCCUGGACGGCGUUUACACCAGGAUGGGGGCUUCAGACAACAUCUACAAAGGACGCAGCACGUUCAUGGAAGAGCUGACAGAGGCCUCGGAAAUCAUUUCCCGAGCGACUGAGCGCUCCUUGGUCAUCCUUGAUGAGCUUGGACGCGGCACAAGCACCCAUGAUGGGAUUGCCAUCGCGUACGCUACCCUGGAGUACUUUAUCAGAGAUGUGAAAUCCCUGACCCUGUUCGUGACCCAUUAUCCCCCUCUGUGUGAGUUGGAGCGCGCCUAUCCUGAGCAUGUGUCUAACUACCACAUGGCUUUCUUACUCAACGAGACCGACAUCUCAGCUGACACUGACGAUGGAGAGGUUCGACCAGAGUUCAUCACCUUCCUCUUCCAGUUAACUGAAGCCGCUGCAGGGAGGAGCUACGGCCUCAACGUUGCCCGAUUGGCUGACGUUCCAGAUCCAGUGCUGCAGACCGCUGCUCGCAAAGCUCAAGAGCUGGAGGUCACGGUCAAUGCCAGGAGGAAAUACAAGAAAGCCCUCUCAGAUCUUUGGGGCGUGUCCGACAAAUCGUCCCUCAUAAAAUGGCUGCAGUCAAACUCUUGACAUCACUGCGGCUGUGACCAUCGACAUCAGGACGCACAGAGAGAAAUCCUUCAGUCAGGGAAUGAUCAUGCUAUAUACAACCUCCAUCACCUGUUUUGGUGAUGGAAGAGGUCGGAUCUGUACUGUUUUCAUAAUAUUUUGGCCUGUGAUCAGAAUUUGAACUCCCUCCAGCUCUGGUUAUCACCAUCAACUGUACUGUUAAAUCACAACACCAGUUUAUACAAACUAAUCACAUUUUACCCACCACAGUGUGUGGUAAUCAGUGUGUUUUCCAAUUAAAUAAAGAAAAAUCUCAAACCUUCCAAAUGAUCUCUUCUUUAACCAUCAAAGCAUCCUGCAUUCACGUAGCAUUACCUUAGAGCAACACU